UUCAAGUCUUCAACAAAAGAGUAAUAUACCAACUCGACAAAAAGGAGACAUUCUCUCGUGGGAGUCGUGACAUUCACACACACACACACAUGAUCAAAAACCAAACAGACCGACUAGUCUCGCCUCGGUAAUGCUUCAAAGAAAAGAGCAUUCGUGUGACAGAACUGCUCGAUCUUUCGCCAGAAAAAGAAGCGGAAAUUAAAUUGAAGAAAAGAAAAAAGAAAGAGUGCAGUACCUGGUUUUAUAUAUUCUCCAAGAAAAGCACUAGGGUUGCCAAAUUUUUUUUGCAAUCAAGUGCAUGAAAGGAUUAAGAGACAAAAUGUUACAAAAACUUGUAUUAAACUGAAUUUCUAGUCAUCCUUGUGUUGCUUGGUAUGUUUUUCAUGGAAGUGCACAGUGGUGGAAUUGGCUUCAUGUUGACUUGAUUUUCCACAAAUCAAGAAGUAGAUGAUUUUCUGAAUGAGAGGAAAAGGGUAGCCUUUUAAUACUAAAGGAAUCAUUAUCUAAUGUGAUGGGCCUCAAGGACGAUUGUACCCAGUCAAGCACUGGUGUAGUCAGCAAUGCAGGUUUGUGCUCGGCUGUUGAGGGUGAAAAUUUAAGUAGAUGUUCAUCUUCAUGUCAAAGUACAGAUAAGGAUGCAUGCUUAGAAACUUGUCGUGUCUGCCAAUGUGCUGAAUCAGACAGAAUAGGGGAGGCUGCACUGGGAUUCUUAGGCAUCACCCCUCCAAUCACCCUUCCAAUACAGGAAUUAAAGAAACCUAGUGGAAAAUUGAACUCUGGUGACAAAGAAGAUCAAAAAGACUGUGAUAGUGAUGUUGCACAUGAUAGAAGUUAUGCAAGGGAAACUGGACUUGUUGAAUUCAUAAGCCCUGAUGGGGAGGUUUUUAUAUGUAAUGCUGAUCUAGAAACGGGCUCCUACUACCAUCAGGAUGCACUUAUAGAGCUUGGGUGUUCUUGCAAAAAUGAUCUUGCUCUAGCACAUUAUUCUUGUGUGUUGAAGUGGUUUAUUAACCAUGGAUCUACUGUUUGUGAAAUUUGUGGAAGUGUAGCGAAAAAUGUUAGACCUGCUGACUUAAAGAAGGUUGUGGCUUCUCUAAAGGAUUAUGAAGCCUUAAGGGAAAGGACUGCUACUGGUGAACCUAUUGUAACACGUGUUCCGACAGAUUCAAUGGUAGAUCCUGAUGCUGUUGCUGCUAUUCGAAGACAAAGGCUUAGUGAAAUUUCUCUGUGGUUCAAUCCACAUAAUAACAGUGGUAGCAAUAAUAAUAAUAAUAAUAAUAGUAAUAAUAAUAAUAAUUCUACCACAGUUUCACAGGGAGGCACAGAACAACUUUCUAAUUCUACCGCCGAAAAUAUAGUACCCACUGAGAAUCCUGCAACAAAAUGGGCUGUGGAAGGUACUGGAAUUCUAGUUGCUACUGGGCUGCUUACUGUUACUCUAGCUUGGCUUAUUGCUCCUCGUGUGGGGAAGAAGACAGCAAAAAGUGGUCUGCAUAUUCUUCUUGGAGGUAUAUGUGCUUUGACAGUUGUGAUCUUUCUCCGCUUUGUAAGUGUUAAUUAUUCCCUCGUCUCUGUGCAUAAUUACAUGUUUAUUAGUAUCUGUGUAUGAAAUCAAGAUGCUAUU